AGUUGCGCUUCCUCCAUUUUGUUGCCCGCUAUGGCGGCGGUGUCGAGUUUGGGGCCGGGAUGCGGCGCUUUUGACUGAGGGGGUAGGCCAGGCGGAGGCAUUGGGGACAUCCGCGCGGCGCAGAAGAGGACCAGCCUGGACGCCGGGGACGCUGUCAUGUACGGCGCGAGCGGAGGCCGUGCCAAAGCCGAGAGGAAAAGCGGCGCGAAGGAGGAGGCCGGACCCGGCGGUGCCGGCGGUGGGGGGAACCGAGUGGAGCUGCUGGUCUUCGGCUAUGCCUGCAAACUGUUCCGGGAUGACGAGCGGGCGCUGGCCCAGGAGCAGGGACAGCACCUCAUCCCCUGGAUGGGGGACCACAAGAUCCUCAUCGACAGAUAUGAUGGGCGCGGUCACCUGCAUGACCUUUCUGAGUACGAUGCUGAGUAUUCCACGUGGAACCGCGAUUACCAGCUCUCUGAAGAGGAGGCACGAAUAGAUGCCCUGUGUGAUGAGGAGAGGUAUUUAGCCUUGCAUACGGACUUGCUUGAGGAGGAGGCAAGGCAAGAGGAAGAAUACAAGCGAUUGAGUGAAGCCCUGGCAGAGGAUGGGAGCUAUAACGCAGUGGGCUUCACCUACGGUAGUGACUACUAUGACCCGUCAGAGCCCACAGAAGAGGAGGAACCUUCUAAACAGAGAGAAAAAAAUGAGGCUGAAAACAUAGAGGAAAACGAGGAGCCUUUCAUUGCCCCUGUGGGGCUGAACGUGCCGCCUGACGUGGAGCUGCCACCAACAGCCAAGAUGCACGCUAUCAUCGAGCGCACAGCAAAUUUCGUGUGUAAACAGGGAGCACAGUUUGAAAUAAUGCUGAAAGCCAAGCAGGCCCGAAACUCUCAAUUCGACUUUCUACGCUUUGAUCACUACCUCAACCCCUACUACAAAUUCAUUCAGAAAGCCAUGAAAGAAGGACGCUAUACGGUGCUGGCAGAAAACAGAAGCGAAGAGAAAAAGAAGUCGGGGGUCAGCUCUGAUGAUGACGAUGAUGAAGGAGAUGGGAGUUACCUGCACCCGUCUCUCUUCGCUUCCAAGAAGUGUAACCGCCUGGAGGAGCUGAUGAAGCCUUUGAAGGUGGUGGACCCGGAUCACCCCCUUGCCGCGCUGGUCCGUAAAGCCCAGGCCGACAGCCCCGCUCCCACCCCCCCCUCGGCGGACGGCAGUGCACAGCCCUCCCAGGCGGAGUACGCCGCUGACUCGACCGUGGCCGCCAUGUACUACAGCUACUACAUGCUGCCUGAUGGUACCUACUGCCUGGCGCCACCCCCGCCGGGGGUCGACGUGGCCACUUACUACAGCACCCUGCCUGCCGGGGUGGCCGUGCCCAGCUCCACCGGGGUGACGACCACCGCCCCGCCACCCCCCGGGACCACGCCCCCGCCCCCCCCAACCACAGCAGAGACGAGUAGCGGGGUGACCUCCACCAUCACCACAAGUGCACUUGCCCCCGUGGCGGCCAUCAUCCCCCCGCCCCCUGACAUUCAGCCCGUGAUCGACAAGCUGGCAGAGUAUGUGGCUCGCAACGGCCUCAAGUUUGAGACCAGCGUUCGUGCCAAGAACGACCAGAGGUUCGAGUUCCUGCAGCCAUGGCACCAGUAUAACGCCUACUACGAGUUCAAGAAGCAAUUCUUCCUCCAGAAGGAAGGGGGCGACAGCGCACAGGCUGCGUCCGCACCGGAAGAGGCUCCUGCGGAAUCUGCUCCUGAGAAGCCGAGCGACGGUGGGGAGGAGGGUGUGUGUGAGGACUCGGCCGACGCAGGAAGAGGCGGCCCCCCAGGGAAGAAGGAGGCGUCGUCCAGUAAGACAGUGGCGGAUGGGAAGCUGGUCAAAGCUUCAUUUGCUCCGAUAAGCUUUGCAAUCAAGGCCAAAGAAAAUGAUCUACUUCCCCUGGAAAAAAAUCGUGUUAAGCUAGAUGAUGACAGUGAUGAUGAUGAAGAAGGCAAAGAAGGCCCGGAAAGUUCUAGUAGUGCUACGAACACUAACCCGGCAGUUACCCCGCCCUGUGUAGUGGUUGAGGAGAAGCGGCCUCAGCUGACCCAGGAGGAGCUAGAAGCGAAGCAAGCAAAGCAAAAGCUGGAGGACCGACUCGCAGCCGCGGCCAGAGAGAAGCUGGCCCAGGCGUCUAAGGAGUCAAAGGAGAAGCAGCUUCAAGCGGAACGUAAAAGGAAAGCAGCUUUAUUUUUACAGACCUUAAAAAAUCCUCUGCCAGAAGCAGAAGUUGGAAAAGUUGAGGAAAAUCCUUUUAGUGCGGAGGAAGCCAGUUCUGUGCCCUGUCCGCUACUGGCUGGAGGCAGACCUCUGCCCACUUCAGACGUUAAGCCCCCAGAAGGGCCCUCCAGCAAAAGUAAGGACCCGCCGAGGGAAGAGGAGAAGGAGAGGAAGAAGAAAAAGCACAAAAAGCGGUCUCGCACAAGGUCGCGCUCCCCCAAGUACCACUCGUCCUCCAAAUCCAGGCCCAGGUCCCACUCGAAAGCAAAGCACUGUCUCCCCAGUGCCUAUCGGACGGCGCGCCGUUCCAGGUCACGAUCCCGGUCCCCUCGGAGAAGAGCACAUUCUCCCGAGAGACGGAGGGAAGAAAGGAGUGUCCCCACUGCCUACCGGAUGAGUAACAGCCCAGGCGUCAGCAGGAAGCGGACCCGGUCCAGAAGCCCCCACGAGAAGAAGAAGAAGAGGCGCUCGCGGUCCCGGACCGAGUCCAAGGCUGGGUCCCAGUCGGCAUCCCCGAGCAAGCAGGCCACACGCCGGCACACGGCCCACUCGGCCAGCAUCUCUCCCGUGGAGAGUCGGGGCUCCAGCCAGGAGCGCUCCAGGGGAGUUUCUCAGGAAAAAGAUGGCCAGAUCUCCUCGGCAAUUGUCUCCUCCGUGCAGAGCAAAAUAACUCAGGAUCUCAUGGCCAAAGUGAGGGCGAUGCUCGCCGCUUCCAAGAACAUGCAGACCAGUGCCUCCUGAGACGCGGGCAUCACGCCGGCCCAGCGCCGGGCUGCGGGGCUGGAGAGCCAGGACACUUCCGCACGCACAGACCCGUCCCACGCCGUCCGCAUUCUCCCCCAGGACUCCCCUGGGCAGUUGGUGGUUUUUGUAAAUUAAUUUUUGAUGACAUUUUCAGUUUAAGAUUUUUGACCAGCAGUCUCUUACCUGUAUAUUUGUAAAUAAUAUCAUGUUUCUGUGAAAAUGUAUUAUCAAAUAAAAUGGGAGGAAAACACCUUUUCUAGCUAGCGA